GCUCUGCCCUGUCAGAGGUGGCAGUGCAGCAGCUGGCCCCACCUCCAGUGUCUCUCGGAACCUUGGCAUGGAAGGGGAAGCAUCCACUCCAGGAUCAGUUUCCUGAAGCUCCAAUCCAUCCAGCUGUCUGUGGGGGAGCAGCCCAGGAGCCAGGAGGAGCCACUAUGGCCCAAGACAGCCCCAUCACAGGGCUAGAGGUGGCCCUCACAGACCUCCAGAGCUCCCAGAACAAUGUUCGGCACCACACGGAAGAGAUCAGUGUUGACCGUCUUGUUGUCCGCCGGGGCCAGGCCUUCUCUAUCACCCUGUACUUUAAGAAUCGGGGCUUCCAGCCGGGCAUGGACAGUAUCAUGUUUGUGGCUGAGACUGGACCAUUGCCAGACCUGGCCAAAGGGACUCGGGCAGUAUUCAGCUUCACAGGCAGUGGUGGCCCAAGCCCCUGGAUUGCGUCCCUGGAAGCCAUCAGGGCCAACUCCCUGGAAGUGAGCCUCUGUGCUCCUCCAAUGGCAGCCGUGGGCCGAUACCUCCUGAAAAUUCGGAUUGACUCCUACCAAGGUUUUGUCACUGCCUACCAGCUGGGGGAGUUUAUCCUGCUCUUCAAUCCCUGGUGCCCAGCGGAUGCAGUGUACCUGGAGAGUGAGCCCCAGAGGCAGGAGUAUGUUGUGAACGAUUAUGGCUUCAUCUACCAAGGGAGCAAGAGUUGGAUCCGCCCAUGCCCCUGGAACUAUGGGCAGUUUGAAGAGAAUAUCAUAGACAUCUGCUUGGAGCUGCUAGAGAAGAGCCUGAACUUCCAGGUUGACCCAUCCACAGACUGUGCCCUGCGGGGAAGCCCCGUCUACACCAGCAGAGUUGUGUGUGCCAUGAUAAACAGCAAUGACGACAACGGAGUACUCAAUGGCAACUGGAGUGAGAAUUAUGUGGACGGCGUCAACCCCGCGGAAUGGACUGGCAGUGUGGCCAUCCUAAAGCAGUGGCACGCCACAGGCUGCCAACCAGUACGCUAUGGGCAAUGCUGGGUCUUUGCUGCUGUCAUGUGCACAGUGAUGAGGUGCCUGGGGAUCCCCACCCGAGUGAUCACUAACUUUGACUCUGGCCAUGACACGGAUGGGAACCUGAUCAUUGAUGAGUAUUACGACAACACAGGCAGGAUUCUGGAGAAUAUGAAGAAGGACACUGUCUGGAACUUUCAUGUGUGGAAUGAGUGUUGGAUGGCACGCAAGGACCUCCCUCCUGGAUAUGGAGGCUGGCAGGUGCUUGAUGCUACACCCCAGGAAACGAGCAAUGGUCUCUACUGCUGUGGCCCUGCUUCUGUCAAAGCCAUCAAAGAGGGAGAAAUUGAUCUAAACUAUGACACACGCUUUGCAUUUUCUAUGGUGAAUGCUGACUGCAUGUCCUGGCUUGUCUAUGGAGGGAAGGAGCAGAAACUUCACCAUGACACAGCUACUGUUGGGAAUUUUAUCAGCACCAAGAGCAUCCAGAGUGAUGAGCGUGAUGACAUCACUGAGAGCUACAAGUAUGAAGAAGGUUCCCUUCAAGAGAGAGAGGUGUUCCAAAAGGCUCUGCAGAAGCUACAGGCUGCAAGGUCUCAAGGGCCUCACCAAGGAAACUCCAAUCCCUUCAGCUCCGUGCCACCAAGGCAGGACAGUGCCAGGAGUCUUGAUACACCUUCCCUUCAACCCAGUGAUGUCCUCCAGGUCUCUCUGAAGUUUGAGCUGCUGGACUCACCCAAAAUGGGCCAAGACAUAAACUUUGUCCUGUUGGCUGUCAACAUGUCACCUCAGUUUAAGGAUCUCAAACUCAACUUGAGUGCCCAGUCUCUGUUGCAUGACGGCAGCCCCCUGGCUCCAUUCUGGCAAGACACAGCAUUUAUCACACUGUUCCCUGAAGAAGAGAAGAGCUACCCUUGCAAAAUCCUCUACUCACAGUACAGCCAGUAUCUGUCGACGGACAAGCUAAUCCGCAUCAGUGCCCUGGGUGAAGAGAAGAACAGUCCUGAGAAAAUCCUGGUGAACAAGAUCAUCACCUUGACUUUCCCCGGCAUCAUGAUUAGUGUUCUAGGAGCUGCCUUUGUGAAUCAGCCGCUCACGGUGCAGGUGGUCUUCUCAAACCCCCUCUCGGAGCCGGUUGAAGACUGCGUGCUGACCUUGGAAGGAAGUGGUCUCUUUAGGAAGCAGCAGAGAGUUCUCAUUGGAGUCCUUAAACCCCAUCACAAAGCCAGCAUCACUCUGAAGACCAUCCCUUUCAAGAGUGGCCAAAGGCAGAUCCAAGCUAAUCUGAGGAGUAAUAGGUUUAAAGACAUCAAGGGCUACAAGAACGUGUACGUCGACAUUGGCUUAUAAACUCUGAGACCGAGGCUGGAGAGUUGGCUCAGCGGUUGACAGGAUGCGUUGCUUUUGCAAAGGACUUGGGUUCAAUUCCCCAGAACCCACAUGGUGGCUCACAAUCCUCUGUGACCCGAGUUUCAGGGGAAUCCAACCAACAUACAUGGUACAAUACAUGCAUGCAGAAAACAAAACAAAACAACAAAAGACGACUUUCAUAAAGUGAAAAUAAAUCUAAAUUUUUAAAAAAUUCAUUUAAAUUCAUUUAAAAUAAACUCUGAGAUAUGGC